UUUUUUGGUCCAUUUUGGAUGAAAACAAGAGCUCGUGCAGCCCUCAAAAGAUGACUAAAUUACAGUUUCUUAACGUCUUCUUGACUGAACGUCUCAUGCUGGCUGCACAGGAGAUUUAUAAGUCUGUGGAGGACACGAUUCUGGAGUAUCAGGAGGAGAUAGCGAUCCGGGAGCGGGAGAACGACCAUCUCAGACGGAGGCUGCGAGACGCUGGCAUUGAGAUAUGGCCAGACCGGCCGUCCAUGUCGCUGUUAGAAGAGGAAGACGGUGAGCAUCCACGUCGCGAGUGGAGUCCCAGCAUGGGCCACGAAGAGCGCAUCCCUCUGCAGAUCAAGGACAAGAGGGAUCUGCGCGGCAACCAGGGCAACGAUCAGCUUCGGAACCACGGCUCCUGCAGCACGCCUGAUAAUAUGUUCACUCCAGCACGCGUCGCUAAUGACUACCCCCGGGAGGGGCCCCACGCGUCCAGCCUUCCUCAGAACCAAGGAGUAGAGAACAGAGAAAGAGAUGCUGGAUCCAGAGGCCCUUCGAGGCACGUGAAGGCGGAGAGCGGAUGCGGCCACAGAGGCUCCAGUUCCUCCAGCGGUGGCGCUCAGCCCCUCGCACCUGUCAAUCCAAACUGCUCGAACGAGAACAACAUUGACAUCAUCGGGGUGGAGAACGGAGGACAGAUGGUUGGUGCUAAAGGGGCUGUUAAUGGAGCUAGCAGAGGACAAGCCCCUCUCAUGCGUAGCCAAGGGGCCAAUGCUGUGGACUGCCCCCAUCAGAAAUCCCCCCUGCAGGGUCACAUGUCAUCUUUCUGUUGUAAAGUGUGCGGUGAGGCAUUCAGCCACGUCGGGCAUUUGCACGUGCACGUGCAGGUGCACACUCGGGAAAAGCCCUACCGCUGCGGCGUUUGCGGGAAAUGCUGCAGCUCCUCCGGCAGGCUGCAGGAGCACCAGCGGAGCCACACCGGAGAAAAACCUUUCCGCUGUCAGAUUUGUGGAAAAGGCUUCACUCAGAUGGCUCACUUGAAGGUCCACAUGAGGAUCCACACCGGCGAGAAGCCCUACAGCUGUCCCGUGUGCGGCAAGUGCUUCAGCCGCUCCGACAAAAUCAAACGGCAUCUUCAGACCCACAGUCGAGAGGGAACUUAUUUCUCAGGACAAUGACGAGACUUUCCUUCCUGUUCAGAUAAAGGAAUUCUGCAAAUGACGGGAACUUUUUUGACAAUUUCAGUGCUUCAAUAGAAUUUGUUAUAGCCACUUUAGUACGUCACUUUUGUAUGGAGUGUUAAAUCCCUGACACAGGGCUUUAUUAAUGUAGCUGUUUCUGCGGUCUUCCACACUCGCCUUGAAACAAAUGUGAGGACGUUCAGCACAUCACACUGUCAGGUUUUAGGCUCAUUUUCUCAAUUCGGUAGCAUUGUUUUAACAAAACACACUGUCUGCAUUUGAUAAAAAAACAAAAAACCUUGGUAGCGGUUGGGCUGGGCGAUAAAUCAGUUUUAUUGAUACAUUUAAAUUUGCUGUUUAAGAAGAGUUUUUUUGUGUGGAAAAUCUGGAUUUUGUUUUCCUCUCUGCUCUUUAAGCAUGUUGUUGUUGGCAGUAAGGUCAGUCCAGCGGUUCUAUGGAACUGGUUCUGUUUAGUGACUUCAGACGUGGACCAUCAAACAGAACGCUGCAAAAUCAGUUUGAAGGUUGUUGGAAGCAAAAGAGGGUUUUGAUUUAACACCUGAAGCAGAAGCACAAUGUCGAAUGCGAUAAGCGUUUCUCUCUACGCGACGCUCAAGCGAACAGCAGCUCACAAACGCCUGCAGCGCUGUUUCACCGGCACUUUUACGGCCUGUAUGGAGUCAAACUUUGAAUUUGGGUCUUAACUCCCAAAGGAGAUGUUAAAAUAUAAGUUUUUGUUAAAUAUAUUUUUGUUAAAGAAAGUUAAGAGAGAAAGAAAAAAAAAAUUUGGUGUGAAAAAAAUCAGAUUUUCUUUUUUUUUUUUUGUCCAUCUCGCCCAGCUCUAAGUUAAAUUUCAAGAACUGAUUCAGUUUUAGCCCGAAACCUUCAGAAUGAAUCUGAACGCUGCAUUACGAAGUGAGACGUUGGUCUAAACGAAGAACAAAUGUUCUGAUGUCCACCUGGAUCUUAAUGAAGCUCAAAACCUCGUGCAUUGUCUAAGGAAAUAUACGUGUUUGUGUACAUCCUGACAUUUAGAUGCUUCUUAUUACGAUUAAAGCUGUGAAACUAACACAAACACACCAAAUGAUGCCUGGAGAACUGUUCUGAUUCAGGUUCACUCUAACCAGAUGACUUCUUAUUCAGUAUUAAGGACAAACAGUUUUAUAUAAACAUUUGGAUGUAAAUUCAAAAUAAAUCUUUUGAUCAGAAAACCAUAAAAUAACUCAAGAAAACAGAAAUACAGGUUCUCUGCUGCAGGUCCACAGACCUGUUUAUGAGAAAACCAAACUUAUUGAAGUUAAUUACUCUUUUAGUUUGUUUCAAACAUUGGACCCCACCAAUAGGGCCAUGUCACCCUUGUGCUAUCCUAGGCACUUUAACGCUGGGAGUGAGUAAGGGUGGGGUCAUUUAAGAUAGCACAAGGGUUACAUGUACUUUGGUAUGAUAAGUUAUGAAACAUUAACCAUUGUGCUAUCUUAUGACCCCACCCUGCCAUUGAUGUGUUCUCCCUACCAUGACAAAGGUGGAUAAAAGUGGAAAGAUUUCAUGUAAUCCAUGGACACCAGUGAAGAUCACAAAUCAUUGAGGAAAAAAGCUUCAGAGCACUGUCUAGUGGGUCUAGAUGACCCAACUCCCAAUGGUAAAGUGCCUAGGAUAGCACAAGGGUUAAGGAAAAAAGGUACUUUUUAUUCGGAUCAACAGACUCGUUUCUGCUGGCAUCCAUGUUUGUUUCUGCAGCGUUCAUUUAAAAAGUAAAUCAGUAUUAUUGAUUUAUUAUUUUAAACGUUCAGUGAAAAUACUCUUGUUGGAGGAACAGUACUUGGAAAAAGCAAAGGUUGAUCAAGACCAAACAGAAAGCUGGACUUUGUCGCAAAGCCACCGCCACGCCACAUCAUCAGUGUUUGUUGUUAUGCACAAAUUCCACGGGAGACUUUUUGAAGGUCUUUGUGAAAUAUUUUGGAUGCUGCUGUUUGUCCUCCUGACCCACUUUUUGUUCAGAACCUCAUGCACUAAAAAGGGCCGAACAGUAUUAACUACACCAUUCUGUGUUUUUGCUUGUACGUAUUUGUGUCUUUGAUAAAAAAAACACAUUGACUGAGGAAAACACGUGCUCUUCAUGAUCCUGUAACAGAACCUGGUUUCUCCACUCAGGAUGAAGGCUGCGUUCAGAAACAUGUUUGGAUUUCAGAAACACUUCAACUCUGGGUUUGUGGCUUUUCAAACGAGUCCGUUUAGUGUAGAACUAAGUGUGAUAGUAACAUUUAGUUCACACAAACUGACUGAACCAUGAUGUGCGUUGUAUCCGUCACAGUCGGUUCUCUGCAAGUUUUCAGCAUCCUGACCAAAGCGGACACCUUCACGUCUUUCCAUCACUCGUGUUUUACUGUACAGCCUAACAUCCUGACGUAUUCAAAUGUAUUUUUAAUAAAGUAGCAAUUGAGCAUA